AUGGACAAGCAUGUUUCGCCUGGUCGGUGGUCGCCGCUCUGUAUCCAGUUAAGUCAUAUGAAUAGGAAAUCGUCGUAUCCGGAUUAUACUACUGUAUUGAAUCUUGAGGGUACCGAGUUUCCCAUUAUUUUAAAACAAAUUACGAAAUUUGAACUUUUGAACGAUAUAUCAACAUGUCUACAUUAUUUUCAUACGAGCGAGAAAUUGUCGCUUCACAUCCUUAACUGUACUACGACAAACGAUUGUGCUAUUAUUCUUCCGAACGAGAAUGAUAAGUGGUUAUCGUUUCGUGGUCAUAAUAAGAAGGAACGACUUCUCUUUGUGGUUUAUGCUGAUUUGGAGUGUAUACUGGAAAAGAAGACCAAUGAUGAAAACAUUUCGAGAUUCACCUAUCAGCAUCACAAGGUUUUCAGCGUAGGGUAUUACAUACGUUGUGUAUACGAUGAAACUAUGUCGAUAUACAAAUCUUAUCGCGGCGAGGAUUGCGUGUCGUGGUUUGUCAAGGAAUUAUACGAUUUGGUGCAUCAUGCGAAAACGAUAUUCGAUAAGAAUUUGACCGACGAGACUGCUUCCGAUGAUGAUUAUCAACACGCGACAAACGUUUGGCGACGUUUUUGCAUAGAGACUCUCGGCAAUUACAAUGAUUUGUAUCUCAAGACAGAUGUGCUUUUAUUAGUAGAUGUUUUCGAAAAUUUUCGUGAUACGUGUAUUGAGAGAUACGGAUUGGAUCCGACGUAUUAUUAUACUUUACCGGGAUAUACGUGGGACGCGUUAAAAUACACUAUGUUGAAAUACACUGGUAUUCGAUUCGAAUUACUCACCGACAUCGAUAUGAUACGCGCAAGCUAUAAUAAUAACAAAUAUAAUGCAUUUUCGUACGACCCUUCGGAAUCCUCGACGUACCUCAUGUACUUCGAUGUGAAUAAUUUGUACGGUUGGGCGAUGUCCGAAUCCUUAUCGUACGGAGAAUUUCAAUGGGUCGACGACAUCGAGCGCUUUGACGUAAUGUCUAUGUCAUCAGACUCCGUUGUCGGUUAUAUUCUAGAAGUCGACCUUGUGUAUCCGCAAAGCGUUCAUGACACUAAUGCUGACCUUCCAUUCUGCCCCAUUCGCGAACGGCCUCCCGGAAAACGGAAUGAUAAACUGCUGGCCACUCUUUACAAUAAACGCUAUGUCGUGUAUUAUCGCAAUUUACAACAGUGUAUUCAGCAUGGACUAUACAUAAAAAAAAUUCAUCGAAUAUUACGAUUCGCACAAUCCCCAUGGCUUCAUGGAUAUAUCGAACUUAAUACGAGAUUUAGAAUGCUCGCAAAUAACGAAUUUGAGAAGAAUCUUUACAAAUUGAUGAAUAAUGCGGAUGGAAGAUACGGUGCGGAAGCGAUAAUAGCGAAACCGAAUUUUCAUAGUAGAAGUAUUUUUUCUGAAAAUCUAUUUGCUAUCGAAUUGCAUAAACUCGAGGUAAAAUUGAAUAAUAUACUUAGCUUGAUUUAUCUUCUGGAGUGUGAGAAUGUAUACGAGGACAUCAAGCGUGACAUCGCGAGAUUCGACACGAAUGAUUAUCCUAAGAGAAAUGCGUAUGAUAUUUCACGCGUUAAUAAUAAAAUACCCGAUUUGAUGAAAGAUGAGAAUGGGGGGGGGAUUAUGACGGAAUUCAUAGAACUCAGAGCGAAGAUAUACGCAUUGAGAGUGAUCGGAAAGAGCGAUACGAAGAGAAUAAAGGGUGUCAAGAAAAACGUAAUCGAAAACGAUCACUUUCGACGAUUAUGCGUGAUGUUUGAACGAUGUAACGAUACAGUCGAGACGUCAGUCGUGUAUACGAUCGACAUUGCACGAGGUUUAUACAGUGUCUGA